AUGGACAGAUGUGACUACAUUCAAGAGGCAGAACGUCAACUCUCUGAUGAGAGAUUUUAUAAGAAAUUAGACUCUGAUCCCACCCCUCAAUUUAACAAAGAUAUCACCACAAACCUGAAAAACAUGUGUGAAGAGGGUCAUAUCGAUGAAAACACAUUUAAAUAUCUAAAACCUGAAAAAUCAAAUCCAGGGCGUUUCUAUCUUCUGCCCAAAAUACAUAAAGUCAAUAAUCCAGGUAGACCAAUUGUUUCCGCCAAUGACCACCCUACAGAGAAAAUAUCAGAAUUUAUUGACUUUCAUCUCAGACCACAUGUAGAAAAUUUACCAUCAUAUAUACAAGACACAACACAUUAUAUUAAAAAAAUGGAAUCUUUGAACCCUCUCCCACCUGAAACGAUCCUUGUCUCGCUUGAUGUUACCUCCCUCUAUACUAACAUCCCCCAUGACGAUGGUAUUGAAGCCUGUAGGGAAGUCUGGAACUCUCGUAACACCUUACAUCCACCAACUGAAUGUCUCAUCCAGCUCCUCACUUUGGUAUUAAAAUACAAUAACUUCACAUUCAAUGGUGAACACUUUCUCCAAGUUAAUGGAACAGCAAUGGGAACAAAGAUGGCCCGUCUUAUGCCAAUAUUUUUAUGGGGAAAUUAG